AUGAAGCUCAAGGUCCUCGUCGUGUCCUGGCUAGCCGCUGGUGCCGCUGCUCAGGACUCGAGUAUGCACGCUGUCGGCCUUCCGGUCAAGAGGACACCAUCGACCCGGAAAUGCACAUCUAGAUUCCCUGGGUACAACAUUGGCCAGCUGAAGAGAGCCAAGUGGCGGAGCACAGAUAUCGGUGGCUUUGCCGACGUGUCGACGUGUAACACUGGUUCCGGCAUUAUUCAGGCAUAUACCUGCUCGUAUCGCGAUCCAUCGUCGCUAGAUCUUAUCAGGUGUCAGUAUCGACUGGAUGGUACUCUGAUCCAAAAAUGCAACGGGAGGAACUCCUACCAGUCAUGCAAACCCCUGGGUGAAGAACCGGAGCCUUCGAGGUCCAAAGACCAAUGCGAGCGGAAGAAAGCGCGUCUUGGCGGCAUCUGCGACGUUUACAGUGACGUUGGGAGCAUUAUCGGGAAGUUCUGCCCCAUCUCUCGUUCCAUCGAGGACGUCUUUGCAACCUCCCUGCAGUCGGUGGCAGUCGCCGUCCAGGGAUUGACAAAACAGAACACCGAGGGCGAUCAGCGAUUGAAUGAGGCAAAGGUCAAAUUUUUCACCGCUCUGGGCCUCACCAUCGGCGUUGGUGUCGCUGCCGUGGCUGCGCCGGAAGCCGCGUUCUUGGCCUCCGCUUUCCGAAUCUACCAGGGGGUCUGUGCUGGUCUCACCGGAUUCUCCAUUGCCGCCUCAUCUUGCGACUUAUUGUACUCCAAGUACAACUUGAUCGAGGACUGCAACAAGCUGAAGAGGCGCGAGGAGCCUCAACAUGUCAACCUGGGCUACGGCCGAUCGCUCUUCAUUCGAGCAGAGGAGAGUGUCUGCACCAGCUUCAUCGAAAAGUUCCUGCCCAAGGCAGAGGAUUGCAUGAACAGACUUCCAAAGCCGGAUUGCGGUAUCACGGUUGCCCAAUACAUGGAGGCUGGUGCAACGGAAUCUGAGGCCACGGUUCUCUUCAAUAACUGCCCCACGUUAUUCACUCUCAAGGACAACUUUGACAAGGUUUGCGAAAUUCGUGAGGCCCUUGUCGACUUUUUGCCGUUCUGCGUACCGGGCCCCGAUAUUGGGAACAAUACAACCGAUCGUCCUUCAAACACAACAACUACCAGCGGUAAUAAUAGCACCAGUAGCGGCUCCGGCAGCAACAAUGGAGACUCUGGCAGCAACAAUGGAGAUUCUGGCAGCAACAACGGAGACUCUGGCAGCACGAAAGAUGGAUACAGAAGCUUUGACAGGGUUUCUAACAGCACAAGCGGAGGCUAUGGAAGGAAGCACGGCGCUUCAUUUUGUAAAGGCAAAGGUUCUGCCUGCUCGUACGGAGGCUCCAGCGAAGACUACGAUACUGCCACCUACAGUAGCUCGGAACGUGCUGGUGGCGAGCAUGUUUGCAAGAGUGGUGGAUGCAAGAGCAGAUUUUCGGGCUGCAAACACGGAGAUUCUGGUUGCACGAUGAAAGACUCAAGCAGCACGAGCGGAGACUCUCAUGACUCUCACUGUAAACAUGGAGAUUCCGGCUGCACAACGACGGUUUCUAGCAGCACGGGCGGAAGAUACGACGACUCGAAAGGAGGUUCUGACAAAACAGCGGUAAAGCAACCCACUCAGCCGAAGACAGUUCCCGCACAGCCCGAAACGGUCGUCACCAGCUCGUCCAAAUCGCUCUACCACAUCCGCUCACAUUCGUCCGCCACUCCUGCACCAUGGGGCAAGUCGCUUUCCGCUCAGCCGACGACCGGCCAGGCUAACCUCUGUCGCAGUGUUCCCAAAUUCUUCAGAUGGCUCUCGGAGCGGUAUCCUCCCAUUUCGCAACUCAUUGCCGAGAACAGAAUACCCGAAUUCGAUUGUCUGUACCUUGACAUGAACGGCAUCAUCCACAACUGCACCCACAAGGACGCAGGCGAAGAUGUAUCUUUCCGACUGAGCGAGGAGGAAAUGUUCAUCCGCAUCUUCAACUAUAUCGAGCACUUGUUUGGCAAGAUAAAACCCAAGCAGCUAUUCUUCAUGGCCAUCGACGGCGUUGCCCCCCGCGCCAAGAUGAACCAGCAACGAGCGCGACGGUUCAGAACGGCGCUCGAUGUCGAAAAGGCCCAUGAAAAGGCCAUAAAGGAGGGCGUGGAGAUGCCAAAGGAAGCUCCCUUUGACAGCAACUGCAUCACGCCGGGAACCGAGUUCAUGGCCAAGCUGUCGCAGCAGCUGCGGUACUUUGUCAACAAAAAGGUGUCGGAGGACACUGACUGGCAGGGCUGCGAGGUCGUCCUCUCCGGCCACGAUGUACCCGGAGAGGGCGAGCACAAGAUCAUGGAAUAUAUCCGCAACGCCAAAGCACAGCCCGAAUACAACUCCAACGUCCGCCACUGCCUCUACGGCCUCGACGCCGACCUCAUCAUGCUUGGCCUGCUCAGCCACGACCCUCACUUCUGCCUCUUGCGCGAAGAGGUCACCUUCGGCCGCGCUUCCAAGACCAAGUCGAAGGAGCUUGAGCAUCAAAAUUUCUUUCUACUCCAUCUCUGCAUUGUGAGGGAGUAUUUGGAAAUGGAAUUUCAAGAAUUGGAAAAAGAGGGCGCCCUGCAGUUUGCGUUUGACCUUGAGCGGGUCAUUGACGAUUUCAUCCUCAUGGCCUUCUUCGUCGGAAACGAUUUCCUGCCCAACCUUCCCGGGCUUCACAUCAACGAGGGAGCUCUGGCCAACAUGUUCGGCGUCUAUAAGAAGGUCCUGCCAGCAUGCGACGGCUAUAUCAACGAGAACGGUGUCAUCAACAUGCCACGUCUGAAGAUUCUUCUCGAUGAGCUGAGCAAUCUCGAGCUUGUAUCGUUUGAGAACGAUGUAUCUGAUGAGAAAUGGUUCGCUUCCAAGCAGAUGGAGAAGAAACUCGAGUCGACAAACCGGCGCAAACCCGCCAAGGGAGGCCAACUUGUCAUCACCUCGUCUCAGCGCGACUUGUGGAAGCAGCAGAUCCGCCCGUAUGUGUCGACCCGGUCCGCCGAGCCGCUGGAUCUCGGAGCGGGUCUUAAUGCAGCAGAUCGCAAGUUUGUUCAAGACUUGGCCGACGCGCUGCAUAUCGAGUGGUCAACCAAGGAGGACGAAAAUGCAGAUCGACACCUCAUUCUAGAAUUUCCCGCUCGCUCGGCCGGUGGUGCCGGCGACGAGGAAGACGAAGAAGAAGAGGGCAACCUCGCAGCCUAUCGUGUCAUAAAGACCUAUGAUAAGGCGUCCGUCGUCGAUGUAACGGCCGAGGGUGCGCAGAAACAGUACGAGGAGCUUUACCAAGAGAAGUACCGGGGCUGGAAGACGAAGUACUAUCUGCAAAAGUUCCCCGAGUGGCCUCCGGAAAAGUACGCCAACGAGCAAAAGGACCUCUGCGAAAACUAUGUCCAAGGUCUCCAGUGGGUGCUGUUCUACUACUACAAGGGAAUCGCCUCGUGGCCGUGGUUUUACGGCUACCAUUACGCUCCCCUCAUCACAGACGUGACGCUCGGCCUCGGCGCCGAUCUCAACUUCACCAAAGGCCAGCCGUUCAAACCAUACGAGCAGCUGAUGGGCGUUUUGCCCGACCGAAGCAAGAGCAUUGUGCCCAAGAUUUACCACGACCUGAUGACGAACCCAAAGUCCCCCAUCAUUGAUUUCUACCCUCGCGAUUUCGAGCUGGAUAUGAACGGCAAGAAGAUGGACUGGGAAGCCGUCGUCAAGAUUCCGUUCAUCGAUGAGAAACGACUGCUGUCCGCCAUGGCCCCGCUGAACGAUCUCCUGGGAGAUGACGAAAAGGCGCGGAACGGGUUCGGUGUUGCGAUCAAGUUUACCUUUUCCUCGGAUGUCAGCUACAUGUACCCAUCCCCUCUUCCCGGAAUCUUUCCCGAGAUUCAGAAUUGCCGCUGCGUCGAAAACAUUUUUGAGCUGCCCGAUACCGAGGGCCUCGAGUACGUGUCCGGCCUGAUGAACGGCGCCUUGGUCAAGGAUGAGGCCCUCGCCGGCUUCCCGACUCUGCACACCCUGCCGUACACUGCGCAGCUGGUCGCAGGCUUCGGCGUGAACGUCUUCCAGGCCGACAGCAGGAAUCCAAGCGUCAUCGUCACGUUGACCGACACCAAGUCGCGAACCAGCAUCGAGAGUUGGAAGGCGAAGCUUGGCCAAAAAUGCUAUGUUGGCUUCCCCUUCCUGCAGGAAGCCAAGGUGAUGAAGGUGCAAGACGAGCUCUUCAGCUACGAGCUGGCCGAGGAUGGCAAGAGCACGACGACAAAGGAUCACUCCAACCGAGAGGCCACCGACUUCUCCCGCGAGGCCGAGUACAUCGAGAACUGGUACGCGAAGCGGCUGGGCAUGACCAUCGGACAGGUCGAAUGUCUCGUCUCCGUCCACAUGCUCAGGGGCUUGAUCAAGACGGAGGAAGGGGCUCUGAUCAAGGAGUACGCCGAGAACCCGAGCUUGCGCAGCACGUACGCGUCUCAGACGAUCGUCGACGACGUCGUCAACGAAGACGAACGCUUCCUCGAAAAGACGGCGCUGCCGAUUGAGGAGGAAUUCCCCAUCGGAACUCGAGCCUUUUUCCUUGGCGAAUACGCCUACGGUCGCCCUCUGGAGGUCACGGGUCACGUUGACAUGAAGACGGAGGUUGUCGUCUCGACGCUCAAGACGAAGGAGGCUGAAUUCGCGAAGAGCAUCAUCCACCAGGCGGAGCGAAACAACCCGUACAAGCCGUCGUUUGCCGUCGCCAAGCAGCUCGGAAUGCACCCGCUCGUGCUGAGCAAGAUAACGUCGUCCUAUCAGGUCAUCAGCGCCGCCGGUCUCAAGCUGAACCUGGGACUGAACCUGAAAUUCGAGGGACGAAAGCUCAAGGUUCUCGGGUACUCGCGAAAGUCGCACAGCGGGUGGGAGUUCAGCACGUUGGCCAUCAAGCUGAUUGCCGACUACAUGGUGGCAUUCCCCGACUUCUUCGCCGCCAUCCAGCGGGAGCCGCAGAGGAGCGACGUCAACGAGACGGAUCUUUGGAAAGAUCCGAAGGCUGCCUCGCAGCGGGUCAAGGACAUUGUCUCCUGGCUGAAGAAGCAGGAGACGAGCAAGUUCGAGCGAGUACCGCUCGAAGCGGAGCAGCUCGAUUCCGACGUCGUCAUGGCUCUCGCCAAGGCUGGCGAGCACGUUUUCGACGUCUCCAAGGACUUUGAGAUUCGCAAGAUGCGUGGCGUGCCUCGCGCCGCGCUCCUGAAGCCGUCGGACGCGGAACUGGUGCUCGGGAACCAAAACUUCAGCCUCGGCGAUCGGGUGACGUUCUCGGCGGCGUCGGGAAAAGUCCCCGUCGCCACGAGGGGAACGGUGGUGGGCAUCAGCCGAACGGCAACGGCGCUGCUGCUGGACGUCGUGUGGGACACAUCCUUCAUGAGCGGCACAACCCUGGGCGACAGGGCGCCGAUGUUCCGCGGCCAGACGGUUGCUUCGUCGUCCGUCUUGAACACGACGGACAAGCAGGUCGUUUCCGCCUCGAGCAAGUCCCAACAGAGGCGGCCGGCCCCGAGAAGCACCGUGCAGUACGUAUCCGGCGGCGUGAUGCAGUACAGGGACGCACCGGCUCCUCCUGCUCUGCGCGGCGGAUGGCGGGGCGCCUUGAACGGAGGCGGCCACUCGCCUCAUCGUCAGGGCAGCCCGAAUCAGCGGGGCGGUGCGCCGAACCUCCUCCACAGCACUCUCGUGUACAGGGGCAGCCCCAACGGCUCGCCGACUCCUGGGCAAGAUUCGAAUCGGCAGGGCCGUGGAAGAGGCCGCGGCAGCAACGGGGCAGGGAACGGCGGCGGCGCUCGAGGCCGGUGGCGCGGCAACAUGGACGAGGGCCACACGCCCUACGUCGUCGAACAGAAGUACGGCAACGUCGCCCCUCCACCCAGCCUGGAUAACCCACGAGGUGGGCGUGGCGGUCGGGGCCGCGGCGGCAGCAGCCGUGGCGGCAGGGGACGAGGUGGUGCCGGCAGAGGACGAGGGGGAAACGGCGGCGGACAGGUCGGAAGCGCGGCGUAG